AUGACCUUAGAGCGUAAGAGUAAUAACUGCAGAGCACCCCCCCUCUUUCUCUUGGAUCCACGAUCAAUGAAAUGAUCUUCCUCCUCCUUGGCAUCGUCUUUUGUUCCGUCAUUUGCAUACAGUCACCCUUCUAUUCUCACCUCCCACACACACCUUGUAAGCACGGUUGCCGGUCUCGCUACACCUGUUUCUCUUUCCUAUCGCUCCCCUCCCUUCUCUCCCCUCUGAAACGCCCACGUUCUGCGUCCUCCACAAACGCAGGUCAUCCCCUGCUUCGCUUCAGUCGAGGCCUGAGUCCGGGAACCUCUCUAAUCAGACAUGCUGCGCGUUUUUUUCUUCGUGGCACUGCACUCCUAUUUCCACCGACUGUCUGCGGUGGCCUCCUCAUCAGGUCAGCAGAGUUCAGCCUGGUUCAUCGGGUGCGUCAGCGCCAACUCUUCCUUCAGAUUUCAUGGACCCAUGGGCGCCCGUGACCUUGACCCGGUAGCCUGCUCCGUACGCUGCCUGGAUGAGGGGUUCGGGGCUGCUGCUUUGUCUCCGGAGGCUUGUUACUGCGGGAACCAGCUGAGCGGUCUGGUGGUCAGUGAGUGUUUCAAGACAUCUUCCAAUGAAGGAACAAAGGACGUGACAGGAGGAAGUGAAAGACAACAUACCUUGAACCUACCUCUUGGGAAAGCUCAAGAUGGAACCUUGGCACUCUACAGAGCUGAAGGACCGUUUCUGCACAACAUUAGUGCAUUUACCUCCCCAGCCAGACUGCAGGCUGGGGAGACUUUUGUCAUUGAAGUGAAUGGAAACCUUGCUGGAUGUCCCAGUCAGCCUCCAGGCAUUCCAGGUCUUAGGAGGCAGGCCCUGUCUUAUGUUACUGUGGAGUUUCUGGGGAUGACCCCUAAAGGUCAAAUUUCUCAUCAUGUCAACGUGCUGGAGGAUGGUUCCUUUACUGCGUCAUCUGAUUGGAUUUUGAAAGCUGCAGGCAAAUAUGAAAUAAAUAUCACUGUCUCCAACCCUCUAUCCGCACUCUCCUCCACCCUCCAGCUGUCCAUCUCGCCACCCUCUCCAGAAAGCCUAAUGAUCUCUUUGCUCCACGGCCCCCUGGGUGUCCCGUCCUGCAUCCCCUCCAUUCACUUGGACUCUAAUGGUGUGUCUAACGGUGUGGCUGCAUACCAGGGCGAUCCUGUCACUCUGCAGGCGUUUGUGAGUGAAGGAUUACCAGCUGAGUUCUGCUGGUGCUUUACUCACAGGGAAAAAGAAACAGUUUCCCUUUCACAGCCGCGCUGUCUGAACAGCACUGUGAAGUGGACCUUUGACUCAGAGGGAGUUCACACAGUGUCAGUGAAUGCAUCCGGCGACUCUGGGUGGAUUCAGAAGACAAUACAUGUUGUGGUUGUAUCUCCUGGCGUCUCUCACCUUAAAGGGAGCUUGUGUGGGAAUCGGUCGACUACAGCUGUGAGGAUUUUUUCAGCGAGGCAAGCAUAUCCCACAAAUACAGAUAUAAUCUUCCAAGCUGUGACUGAUGUACCAGAUCCAGUGGAGUUCCUCUGGCACUUCGGAGACUACAGAUCAGCCACAACUACCUCUAGGACCAUCACUAAAAGAUACCUAAACCCCGGCAGGUAUGAUGUAUCUGCAAUCAUGUCACGUGGCCAGAUGGUCGUCACCUCUGGUGUGUUCCCGGUGGUGGUCCAGAGAGCGGUGAAGCUCAACAGGCUGGUCCACCAGCCCUCAGUCUUGCAGAAUCACACGGUGGUGUUGAGUUGCCGGGUAAAUGUGGGGACCAACGUCACCUUCCUGUGGAGCUUUGGAGAUGGAACAAGCCGGUCUGGACAGAGCACAGAAUGGCACGUCUUCCACAGAACAGGAGAGUUCAGGGUCAAAGUGACUGCAUCUAACCUGGUCAGCUCUGCGUCUCUGAGCAGCUACAUCUUUGUUGUGGAUCAACCUUGUCGGCCUCCACCUGUCAAAAACAUGGGGCCUCUUAAGCUACAGGUGCGACGAUAUGAGGUUGUCCGUCUGGGUGUGACGUAUGAAACAGAAGUUGAAUGUGAUAUAUCGAGAGGCCUUCACUAUUCCUGGAUUUUACGUGACUCUGCAGGCCGGGCAGUUCCUUUGCCUCUCACAGACACACACAGACAGACCCUCAUACUGCAGAGCCAUCUCCUGCAAUAUGAUACCUACACUGCUAUAUCCAGGGUUCAGGUUGUCGGCAGUGUCGUGUACAGUAACUACAGCGUGAAGCUUCAGGUGAUGCCAAGCCCUCCUGUGGCGUUCAUCCAGGGCGGCACCAACAUCUUCCUUAACAACAGGAGCACCAUAGCAACCCUGGAUGGGCAGGCAUCUUACGACCCUGACUUCCCCACUAACCCACUCAGCUACAGAUGGACAUGUAAGCCAGUCAGCACCAUCACCAGCACCUGCUUCAACCAACACAUUCCCACUUCAUCACCUGUGCUCAGGUUUCCCGUCAGCUUCUUAAAACUCAACUUUGACCAGUUCCAGUUCACGCUCACUGUCCACAGCGGAGAGCGUUCAGCUUCAUCAGAGACCUUCCUCACUGUAACAUCGAACAUCUUCAGGAAGGUGUCUGUUUACUGCCCUGAGUGUCAGGGAGACCAUGUGAACUGGGAUCAGUCUUUCUCUGUCAGUGCCAUAUGUGAAGACUGUCUCAUUCCUGCACAACAUAUCUACUACAGCUGGAGUUUGUACCUGGUCAAUGCUUCAUCCAAGCCUUUCAUAGAAGUCCCAUUUUGUUACACAGUAGAUCUCAGCACUAUUUCUGCCGUCAUGGAAAGUCCUGCCACCUCUCCGCAGACUCCUGUGAUUUCUACCCUACAUCCUUCUGUUACAAACAUGUCACAGGACAACCAUACUGCCUCUUCUUCAUCGUCUUCCCCCGUUACUGUGAAUACCUUUGAAUCUGGGGUAGGAAAUCAAGAUGUGGACCUGGCCGACAGUUUGUCGGAGUCUAGUCCGCGUGUCCUCAACAAAGACGGUGUUCUAUAUUCUGACCGCUUUGGCCAAGGUGACAUUAGCAGGGAACUCCCUGUGGACCCUGACUCCUCUGCUGACUGGGACUUUCCUUUUCUUUUCCUGGAGAGUGGCAGUGCGAGCGGUCGACAAGAUCCAGAUCAUGGUGUUCCCUUUCCAAGUGCAGAGGAAGGAGACCCAGGGAUGUCAGCAGGGAGAUCCAGGGGUGAAGAUGGUGAGAGCUCCCGUGCAGGAGAUGUCUCUGUGUUUGAGCUGGCAUUACACAAGGAUGAGGGGAGUAAUCUGGUGGAUCCUAAGCCACCCGUGGUAAUUCGGGCACCGACUUUGCUUGACUUACCUCGAAGCGCUGUAAACAGAGACCUCUUUGAGUCCUUCACUUACACAGGAAUCUCCUCCUCUUUUCUUGUGAUUAAGCCCUUCAGUCUGAGGCCCAGGAGCAGAUACAUGUUGGAGGUCACUGCCGAAUCUCAAGACAGGUUUCUGGGUCGGACUCAGCUGUUCUUACAAACCAACCCUGUUCCAACGGGCUUGGCAUGCCAGGUGCAGCCAGUCAAAGGACAGGAGCUACACACUCACUUCAGCAUCUUCUGCACCUCAGGGAGGGAGGACUUACUGUAUAAGUACAGCUUCAGUGUAGGGGACAGACUCCCUAGGACACUGUACCAGGGAAGAGAUUUCCAGUACUACUUCAGUCUUCCUUCAGGUGACCCCAGUGAUCACUAUAAAGUAACUAUUUAUACAGAAAUCAGCAGCAGCACAUAUGGUUCAGCCACCAAACCCUGUCCUGUCACAGUGCAAGUUCAACCAAGCUUCCUCAGAGACACCUUAUCGUCCUCUUCCCAUCAUGAUCCUGAUCUGGAGCUGUCAGAGUUCGGUCUGAGGAACCUGUCGGCUCUGGUGCAGCUUGGGAACAGUGUGGAAAUUCGUAACUACAUCAGCCUCCUCUCCAGCAUCUUGAACAGACUCAGCCUGGACAUGAACGCCAACACGCGUGCACAGAGACACGUGCGUAAUGUGCUCAUUCGCACCUUGUGUGAGCUUGACAGCAGCGAUCAGGUGUCAAUGACAGACAAUAUCUGCAUUCUCAACAACCUGCUACAAAUUACAAGUCAGGUGACAUUAAUGAGCGCCAAACGAGUAACAGCUCAUAUUCAGGCUAUCUCAGAGCAGUUUUCUGGGUCUGGCGCUCCUCGCCGCUACCAUGUAAACCAGGAGGUGCUCAGUACAAUGCUCAGCCUGCUUUCACACAGCCUUCAGGUGGUUACUAGUUGCGACUUCACACCUGACAUUACGCAAGCAUCGGAAGCAGGCUCACCCACUGAUGAAAACCUGAGAAAUGAAAGAGAGACUCCAAACAGCUGUAUAGUGAACUCAUGCACUGGUUGUCACAUCAAAGAGGGAAGAUCGGUGCCAACAAAGCAAGCGGUGAAGCUCGCAGCAGAUAUUCUGCAGGCUGCUUCAGAGCUGAUGCUGAAGUACAUUUUGUUUCAUGAAACAAAGGAGCACAGAGUUUGCAGCAGCCUCAUUACUUUGUACGCUACAUCCCAAAACAAAACCUCCACAGUCAUUAGCAGUGGCUCAGUCACUGUCUACAUGCCUGCUACUUUCAUCCAGAUUCUGUUUCUCCAGCACGGACCGUGUAUCCUCAGUCUGCUGAUUGAGCUCUCCCGCAGCCCGUACACCUGGGCCAGGUAUCCUACACAGUUGAGUGGACCAGUGGUUGACCUGAAUCUGUACAAGUGCAGGACAAGAAAAAGGAUCCACAUUCAUUCCCUCAUUCAACCAAUCAACACUGAGCUUCAUCUCCCACAAAGAAAUAAAAGCUCUGCGUGGGAGUUUAUCCUCCUGAGCAGCCAGGUCAACUACCACAGCUUCAACAUUACCCAGGAGCACUUGAUGCAGACGAUCCAGCUCAGUCUAGUGUUCAGACCACCAUCCAACAAGGCGUUUCCCCUCACGGUGCUCUUCAGGAUGUUUGACAGGCCCACUCCCAACAUACACCAUCUGCAAAGGAUUUACAAGUGGGAGAGGAACACCUUACGCAUCACUCUGCCCUCAUCCUACCUGAAUGCUGCAGGUGUUGGUCACUUGGCUCUGCUUAAUGGUGAUUUUGGGAAAGCCCCCAGGGGCAAUCACCUGGCUGAACAGAUACGCUACAGACUGAUAGUGGACAGCAGUCUGUGUUUGUCCUGGGAUGGCCAGCAGGGGGCCUGGACACAUCAGGGCUGCAGGACACAGCAAGCAGACACAAGCUCUGCUGUCAACUGCAGUUGCCACCAGUUGAGGCCCCUGACUGUGAUGCAGCAGCAGAUCCAGAGCAGCCACAGCACAGCAGACCUGGACCUGUUUGUAAGUGCAUCCAGUGAUAUGACAGUGCUGGGCAUGCUGUUGCUGUUCGUGUGCCUGUACAUCCCGGGGUUGGCGGUGUGUAAAAGAGCUGAUGUUGUCUCCAAGCAAAAUCAAAAGGUCCACUACCUGUCUGACAACUCUUUGUUUGAUCCAUAUCUCUACGCCGUUACCAUUCACACUGGUCUCAGGUCUGCAGCCCGCAUGAGUGCAAAGGUGUACAUAGAACUGUAUGGUGAAGAUGGGGUCUCACAGGCAAAAGAAGUACAAGCCCCAGGAUGCACUCUGUUCAGGAGGAACUCUAAAGACACCUUCAUACUAAGUGCAGCAAACAGCCUGGGUUCAGUCUGGGGGGUUCACAUCUGGCAUGACAACUCUGGACCCUCCCCUGAUUGGUACCUCACACAAGUGGAGGUAUCUGAGGUGCUCGGAGGACACGUGAAAGGACGCUCUUGGCUGUUUGUUGGUCAGUGCUGGCUGGCUGCGAACAAAGGUGAUGGGCGAGUGGAGAGGAUGCUGCGUGUUUGCACUCAAGGCAUAACUUUUGCUCAGAUGUUGCAUCUCAAGCUUUCUGACUACUUGGCUGAUUUCCACAUGUGGAUAUCUUUGUACAGUUGCCCCUCUCCCAACUCCUUCACACACACUCAAAGACUAAGUGUGUGUCUGUUGCUGCUGUUGGGGUAUGCAUGGGUCAAUGCAGUAAUCAUCACACAAAUGGAUGAUCAGAUGCUGUUUGCAGUGGGUUUUAUCGAUGUGUCUACUGUUGCUGUAACAACAGGGCUCAUGAGUGUGGUGGUUGUGCUGCCUGUAGCAACAGCGGUGUCUUUCCUUUUUCGACUGCGUGCAGUGCAGCUGACGGGGGCACAAGUCAAAGGCAGAAUGACUGAAAAGGAAUAUUCUGAAGAUGCGCUUUCACUAAAUGACAGCACGUUUGAGCAUCAUCUCUCUUGGACUGGCCUUCAGGAGUGGGAUGCAGCCUGGAUGAAGGAAUACCAGGACACAGACCUCCCAUCAGUUUCACACAGUCAUGCUGAUCAAGCACCCCAGGAAAAACAGUUUGAACUUUUUACUGAGGGCAGCAGGUUUUAUGGACCCCAAAAAGCUUGUUUGUCAAGGGCAAAAGAUGAAGGUCGAACAGAGAACGAUCUUCAAGGACAACAUUCACCAGACUGUGCUUCCGAGGAGGCCAGCUAUCAUGAUGCCAUCAACAAACUGAGACAAAGCAGAAUCAGACCAACACAUCGUUGGUGUCGCUAUUUGGCCUGGACGCUGUGCCUGUUGUUGUCCCUCUCCUGCCUGGUGCACUCUGCCGUGCUGGGAAUGAGAUUCAGCAACAGCAACGUUCUACUUUGGAUACAUUCUCUUUCCAUCUCUCUGAUGUCUUGCAUCUUUAUCAUUCAGCCAGUUUUGAUACUUGCAGGGGCCAUGUCUGUCUCCUGUUUGCAUAGGAAAGCACCAGACUUUCAUAUUUUUUUCAGUAUGAGGCAGUUUGAUAUCGAGACUUUAAAACUUUGGAACCGCAGUGCUAUUAAUGGACCUGAAGAGCAGUUUAGACCAUGUGCUUUUCCCCAUAAAAGAUGCUCACACCCUAAAAAGCUGCUUGGAGCUCGUCAGCGAGCUCGGUACCUGCGUCUUGUACGGCCACCGACUCCAGCAGAGCUGAGGAGAACUCGUGGGAGAAAAAGAAGAGAGGCUCUUAUUCAUAAAACCCUGAGAGAUUUGGCUCUCUGUGUCUCCAUGCUUUCCCUGAUGAUAUGUAUAACCCAUGACAGCUCAUUCAGUGACCAUUACCAGCUCAAUAAAGCUGUCAGAAGACACUUUGUAAGGAACCAUGAUAAUUCAUUUAUGUCCAUACAAAAAUAUCAAGACUGGUGGAAGUGGUCACAGACUAGUCUGCUUGAUUCACUGUACAAGAAUACAUCAGUGAAAACAGAGCAGACACAUAUUGUGAUUGGAGAGCCAAUCCUGCAGAAGAUUGAGACAUCUGACACCUUUCAGAGCCAGAUUCCCAUUGUGACUCUGACACAGAUGUGUGGUCACCUGGGUUGCUACUCUGGACCAAGUGCUACAGCUGGUUUGGGCCACACAAAGUCUGAUGCUGUAUCAAAACUGAAGCUUCUGCAUUCAGCUGGCUGGCUGAGUGGACAGACGGUAGCCCUGAAGGUUCAGUUCACCUUGUACAGCCCUGCACCAAACUUGUUCACCAGUGUGAGGCUGCUCACUGAGCAGAGCCCCACCAGUGUCCUGCUGCCCUCUGCUGAAGUCCAUUCAGUCAGGGUGUAUCACACACCUGCUACCUGGGACUAUGCUGUUAUGGUCUGCAAGCUUCUCUUCCUCCUUUUGUCUCUCAUACAAUUCUGUUGUCAAGUGUCCAAUGUGGAAGAGCAAGGGCUGAUGGGAUACUGGGCAACACCUUGCAACUGGGUGGAAGUCAGCUUGCUCACAGUGACGUUGGUGUACUACGUGUGUCACAUUUAUCGCUCCACUCUUGUCAUGGACGUCGCGGAGCUGCUGCAGAGACACAGCUACAGAGAGCAUGUUGAUGUUAGCCUCCUGGCUUCCUGGGAACAAUUUCUUUGUACGCUGAGUGGCAUAAUGUGCUUCCUUCUCACCAUCAAGUGUGUGGCUGUGCUGAGGGUGAACAGGACCUUAGCUACCUCUGCUGCACUCUUUGCCCACUUGCUCUCAAGCCUUUUAUGGCCAAUGAUUUCAGGUGUGAUCCUGCUGGUGGCAUUGUCCUGCUUGGGGCCUCUGCUGCACAUUCAAAGCUCCUGGGCACUCAGCCCUAUUCCCAUCCUCCUUAGGCCUCUAUCCUACCUCUACCGGGGUCUUGGAGGAGCCAGAAGUAACAGGGGCCUUCUCUGCUCUGAGUGCGACGUAUUUACCCGUGGAGUUCUGUAUUUGUCUUCUGUGGUUUGGACAGCAGUGGUGAUUGGUGCAAUGUCCUCACUGGUUAGAAAUGCCAGAAGAUCUCAAAGCAGAAGGACUUUCUUCACCAUUGCAGAACUGAUAAACUACAUUAGACUGAAGGUCUCUGAGCUGACUACUGGGCAAGGUAGAGAGGUGUGCAAUGAUAAACACACCGAGGGAAGGACCUAUUAUCUUGAGGAGGUUGAAAGCUUAGUAGAUGAAUUGUUGUUCAGACUCAACGCCCUCUCUGACAGCCUGCACCACACCCUGCCCCUUAAAGCCCAUCACUACAGGGAGGACAGUCCUAGUGUUUCCCCCAUACCAGAGUCCUCCAACAUGGAUUCACAGGGCUCCGUGAAGUCACAGAUGAUUGGGAAUAUUGGGAAUGACACGCAUGCAAAUGACCAGUGUUUGUCAAAUCUGGGAGGAACCCCAUCUGCAUCUCACCUGUUCAGCUUCCAGGCUAACAUGGACAUCCUACAGCAGAGAGGUCAAAUUGGACAUAACUCCUCCUCCAACACUGUUGUGGCUUCUGAGGAUAAAUUAAAGGGUAAAAACUCCCUGUUCUGCCCAGAGUUGGCAGGCAAAAGUCAGGCCGCCCAUACAGAGGUUGUAGUGGAAGUUCUGGUCCAUGAAGAACCUGGAAGAGCUGUCCCAGAUACACACUAG